AUGGAAUUUGCGACUUAUUCUCAAAGGCUUGAGGCUAAAACCCAUUUGAUAACUGAAUAUAAAGCAUUUAAAGAACAAGAACAGAUGCCAACUAACAUAGUACAAAUAAAUGAUUGUUUUGAAGAGGAAGAAAAUGUGUUAUUAGCUACAAUGUAUGAACCUAUUCAAGAAUCCAAUACUAACAAUGAAAUUCAGGCUUAUCUCACAUUACCAAGAAUUCCAAGUACUCAAUAUUAUUUAACAUGGUGGAAUAGCCAGCGAUCAAAUUUUUCUACAUUAAGUAAAAUCGCACAAAAAUACUUGAUAAAA